UGAGGAGGGAGGGAGGGAGUGCCAGACGUCAACAAACAAGAUGGCCUGGUGAGCCCAGUGAACUUAACCAACUAUAUCUUCCCCCGCCCCGUCGGUCUUCCUGACGGGCGUCUCUCUCUCCUUGGCGGGUCCUCCUGACGUAGUGAUGAGAAUGACACCCGCAGUGAGCCAAGACGACGAGCUCCACCACCCAGGACGAUGAUCAUCGCCGCCCUGGACAAUGAGACACACUGCUGCCCACGACACCAUGAUCACCGCCAAGAUAAUGAGAAUGUUGAGGAAUAAAGUAGUGUUGUCGGUGCUGCUGCUGGUGGGGGUCGCCUACUCCUGUCUCUCCCUCUGGUCACAGAACACUAGUAGUCCUGUCGAGAGCGAGGCUGAAGUUGCAGGAAGGGUUGAAUUUCACUGGGGUCCUGAUUCUUCAAAUGGAACUUCCAAUGACAAGGUUACAACAUGCAGAAACUCUGUUCAAGGAAAAGUACUCCUUGCUGAUGAUCAAGGUUAUGUGUGUCAUCGAGUAGACCGCUUGAGCACUGGUUGUUGCAAUGUUGCAGUAGACACAACUCGCCGCUAUGCAUGUGACACUUGCAACACCCAUGGUUGCUGUGCCAUCUAUGAAUAUUGUGUAUCAUGCUGCCUGCAUCCUGAUAAGAAAUCUUUACUAAAGAAGGUACUGGGCCAAAUUAGUGAAAAUAGCCCCUUGUAUGCCUCGGUGUCGGACCAUUUUGAGUUGUGCCUGGUGAAGUGCCGCACCUCGAGUCAGUCCGUUCAACACGAGACACUUUAUAUUGACCCACGAGCCAAACACUGCUAUGGCCAAGGACCCCCGCCACUUUCCAACAAUGAAACGUGAAGGAGAGUGAGGUUGUCUACUUAAAAUGAUCUAGUAUUUUGUGAUUUCUAAUAUGCUUCCUAUUUUUACUGUUUUAAUGAUCUAGUACCAUAAUACUGCUACAGCCAGGGGCCCACACCACUUUCCAACAAUGAAACGUGAAGGAGAGUGAGGUUAUCUACUUAAAUUAUUUGUACACUUCCCAUUUUGGCCUCAACUGACCUGCAAACCCAACCACUGCUACACUCUCUAGGUCUCCUGUCUCUACAUUAGGGCAAUAAAGCAAAAAAUUCUUUACCAGAGAUAGUUUAUGGAUUUGUCAUUAUUUUAAUAAUCUCCCACUUUGCUGUCAUUGUUUAUAAUCUGUUUACCACAGUCUGACUAUAAAACUUUGACAGUAAACAUGUGUGUGUGUGUGGCUGAAGAUGAUUCUUAAAUAUAUAUCAUUGUGUAGAUAAUACAUAAUUUUCAUGAGAGUGAAGUCAUGUGUAGACUUUGUAAAAGUCAGAAUAUGUAUGUACUGUACUCGAGUCUUUCAUAAUGCAAAGGAAAUUCUUGCAAGUUUGCACAAUUACACUGUACUGUAUAUUGAAUUUAUAUUUCCAUAUACAGUAUUACAAAGUGUUUAUAUUUUACAUUAUUAAAAGUUGUUCAGAUUUCAUUUAGACAUGCAGUAUAGUAAUUGAGAAUAUAUUGAGGAAUUUCCUGUACUGAUAAAUGCUGUCUGGUGUAAACAAAUACUUGCAUUGAUUAAAUAUCUGUUGAUCAAGAGCUUAACUGUACAGGUAUUUACAAAAAUACCUGUACAAUACUCUAUUUAAAAAUGCAUGUACAGUAGUGAUACAUAUUUGUAUUGACUGAAUGCAUGUACUUUACAGGAUUGAUGUAUUACCUGUUAUGUACUGUAUUGACAAAAUGUAUCAAAUGAUAAAUACCUGUGCAAGUAUAGACAAAAUACUUGCACUGUAUUGAUAUAAAAAAAUUAUAUAUUUUUUAUAUAUUAGUGUGUGCAAUUGACUUAUUUAUACUGUAUUUAUAUUUGUGUAGUAGAUUAAUAUAUCAGUAAUUUGUUCAAGUAUGAGUGCAAUUGUCACUGGCCAGUUUUAGGUGGUUGUUGUCCAAUACAAUGUUUGUGCAUGGUCAUACAUAAGUAUUAUAUUACAAAUGUGUUAGGUUGUUGGAAAGUGUAUUGACUAUUUGCUUUGAAUCUGCACAUUUUCUGAAGUUUUAUAAUUCAUUUUAACAUGAUCAUAUUUCAGUCAAGUUUUUGUAUUUAAAAACCAACCUAAGGGAACUUAUGGGUGCUGCAUUGCCUCUUCCUCUUCUUAGUAAUUUGUCUGGAAAGCAAGCUGAGGGUUUGUGUCCCACACUUCAUCUUCUUCUUCUUUGUGUCAUGUCAAAACAAGCCGCAUAGUUAUUUCUUGCAUAUAAAGCAAUGUAUGUUUUGUAAGAGACCCAGACCCCUUGUGUUGUUACAUGUAAACUAUUUCAGUAACAGGUAUGUGCACUGUGGCAGUGUGUCACAGUGCCUGUCCUUUUAGUGUCUCCAUUGCAAUGUGGUAUUGUGUAGUACUGUGCUGCGGAACCUAUUGACAGUGUGCUUUACAACACUUCUCCUAAUAUGGAACACUUGACUAAUAAUUGGGUUUUGCAGAUACAAUGGGUAUCUGUGUUUGCAACACUUGCUCUGCGACAUGGUUUCAAAAAAGCUGUUCAGUGUACUGCAUAAUUUCAUUAACUGUCAGGUGUAUGUUUGGCUUACUUGUGGAAUACUUCAUCAGAUUAAUGUCUGUGCUAUAACUUUUGCCUUCUUGUUUUAUUAUAAAGAAAGCUCAUUUGCUUCACAGAGGUGAGGUGAGGCAGCUAAGGCAGGAAUAAUAAUAGUCUGAGCAGUUAGUACUGUACAGUACAGUACUGUGAUAUUUACAUGUGACUGGUUCCUAGAUCAUUUCUAAAGUCACAUACACAGUUUCCCUGGUUUGGCGCCUUCUUUUGAUAAUUACCUACUUCUACUCUCACAGAACACAAUGAGUUCAAGCCAUACAACUGGUGUUCAGUGCUCACUGGAUGACAUAGCCAUCACAACCUGGCUGAUCAGUUUUGGGUGACAUUUAAUAAUAUUUGAGCCAAGCUCCUCAAGGUUUAUAUGGAAUUUCUUGCUGGUAACCUAGCCUCUUCCCAUAUUCUUUAAUUGCAUGUAUUUUGUCAGACAUAAGAAAAGCUGGAUAAAAUUUGGCAAUCAUUUUGGUACCUUUUUUUUAAAGAGCUGCAAUUAUAUAAAUUAAAUUAAAUAUUAUAGUAUUUAGGCUGAUAACUGUUAACUUUUAAUUUUUCUCUAAAUAUUAUGCAUCUUAAUCAACUUAAUAUUGCUUCAUUAAAAAUAAUUUAAAAUUGAUAUAUAUAUAUAUAUAUAUAUAUAUAUAAAAUAUAUAAUAUAUAUAUAUAUAAGGGCAACAUAGUUAAGAUUUUUUACAAAUUAUCUUUUAUAAAUUGCCGAAUGUUUGACAAGUAAUACAAAUACCGUAUUAUGAAAUCCAUAUGUGCGAGAACUGGUAGUACUGUUAGUUUUGACUUCAGGAGCUGAAAUUACACUUCUAUAGUAUAAUUUGAAUCUAGUGCAGUGGGUGAUGACCCCUUGGGUGUGUUUUGAGUUUUAGAAAACAGGACUGUUAGAAAUAGUAUUGGGAAAAAUGUUAGGAACCACUGAUCAAAUAGUAAGGUAAAUCCAGGGCUAGGGUAUCUGAAUCUAGGGUUAGGGUAAUCCAAGUUUAUGGUAAUUCAGGGCUAAGGUAAACCAGAGUUAUAGAUAAUCCAUUGUGAGGGUAAUCCAAGGCCAUGGUGGUCUAUAGCUAGGAUAAUCCAGGGCCAAGAUGGUUCAUGACUAAUGUAAUCACAGGUCAUGAGAGACUAGAGAAUUAUAAGUAUUGUAAGGCACUCCUUGACACGAUAGAAUGAGUUAUAAUCAGCUUUGAUGCAUAAGCUCAAGCAGCAAAUGUAAACAACAAUACCAAGAUACAGAUACUGUAUUGAGUAAGGAAUUUACAUACUGAAGACAUUUCAGUAAAAAGAGUUUUCUCAAAGCUGUAUAAAAUAUGCCAAAGUACUAAAUUUCCCAAUUUAAUUAGGGUGGAGAGUCAUCAGACUUGCUAUAUUAUGUUCACAAUAUUGUUCCUUAAAGCCCUUUAACUUUGCAUAAGACAGACUUCCCACCAAAGCUUACCACAAAAUUUGUUAGAGGUCGCUCUAUUCCCACAUCAGCAUGUACAGUUUUGAAAAUGAAAGUACUGUCAUCAUAUUUGUGCAGUUAGAAAAAUUUAGAAUCAUCAGUAUAUGAUGAUCUUUAUUGGCAUCAUAAGUUUGGGAGUUUUUUUUUGCUGUGUGUAUUCACCUAGUUAUUCUUGCGGGGGUUGAGCUCCGCUCUUUUGGCCCGCCUCUCAACUGUCAAUCAAUCAAUCAACUGUAACUACCUACUAACUAACUUAUUUUUUUCCCCCAUGCACACACACACCCAGACUGCUAGGUGUGUGAAACUUUGGGUGAAAGAAACUUUGCCCAUUUGUUUCUGCCUGGUCCGGGAAUCAAACCCGGGCAACAGAAUUACGAGUCCUGCGCACUGUCCGCUCAGCUACCAGACCCCCCCGUGUGUAUGUGUACUUAUCAAAUGAUUUUUUUUAUCAUGCUGUAUAUAUGAGAUGAUGGUCCAGUUCAUUAAAAUCUUAGUGUUUAGAGGAUAGGUUGCUAGGUUAGCCAUCCUUUUCGAAGGUUUGUUGUACAUCCAUCUUUUUCUGCUGUUGAUGUCAGGUUCAGUAAUGGUCAUGUAUGAAUAAUAGACUCUAAACUAUGGCAAAACAUUUUAUUAAGAUUCACACAAUAGGAAAGUAACAUCAAAUCAGUGGACAUGCUGAUUCACCCAAAAUAUAUAUUAAAUGUUGUGCUUUACUUUAAUUUUAAAAGUUGUCUUAUAAUCUAUUUUCUGUAUAUUUACUAUUAUAGUCAUUUUGCCCCUUGCAUAGUUAGUUUGUACAACAAUUUACACAGAUAGAAAUUAAUUUUUGAUAAUAUUGUGUAUUGCUUUUAGUACUGUUUAUUAGUUUACUUUUCAUUAUCUAUGGGUAGUGAAAUGUGGCUUUGUGAGCCCCUUACCUAGUUAAUGAUACUGGGUGCUUUUAAAUUUCUAGUUCUGUCAUAUAUGCUUUUCAAACUGGAUGAAGAUGGCUUCCACAGAUUCAUUCAGUACAUUUCACUUGAUCACCUGCAUUGCAUAUAAACAUUUUGCUACACUCAUUUGACUUAUUUGUGUUUCUCACUUCUGUUCAUAUCCUCAUGUCAUAAUAUAUCUUAGCAAAUGCUGUCCCAGUCUACCUGAUCUAUUACAUUCAGUAUAUGGCUUGCUCAUAGCUGAGCUUGUCUUAGGAGCUAACCUGCCUUUGGUUCAUCAUUCAGAAAUGCAAGAACCUCUAGCAGCUGUUAAGACAAGUGGAGUCACUGUUGGUGACUCUUUUCAACUUUUCCAACUUUGACUGUUAAACAAAGUCCAGUGAUACUUGUUUCUCCUUUUUCAAAUAUAUCUGAGACAACAGAACACUUCUUUAUGGAACUUUCAGAAAGGAAACAUAACCUAUUUGAAAUUUUACUCUGCUCUUUUGGUCAGGUCUCGGGAGGCAAGAAUUAAUAGUCCACAUUGGUGCGUUCCAUGUUCAUUUAACCCAUACUUGCUCAUAUGUACACACUUUUCCCUCUUCAUAAAAUCCAUUUAUAGAAUAAACAACUGGCUGGACACUACCCGCUGUGUUUUUAAUAUACUGUAUAUGCUUUUUGCUGAGGGACCUUAAUUUUUGCAUGUUCCAGCACUUCUCAUGCUUGUUCCACCUGGGGACCCAGUCCUGCUGUUAUCACCUUGUAAUGCUCCAUGGGUCAUUCCAACAACUGGGGCAACACCCUUAAUCCCCUCCCCCCUUUUCCCCAAAUAAAUAUUGUAAUACUCAUUGCACUAUACAACAUAACUGAUUCAAGUUCCUGGUAGGCCAAAAAUUUCAAUAUAACUUGCUACAUCUCCACUGGUAAGUGCAUUAAAUUCUUCCACUGAGUAAUGGAAAAAAUCCAACAAUAUAUAUGGAUGUAUGAUCUAACAGUAAUAAAUUUCAGCUACAGUACUUAGACAUAGGAAAAUUAACAACUUAAAAUGAAUGUGAAAUACAAGACAGCCAAAUCUCAAUGAAUGACAUGUUAAGACUCUAGGAAUAAUUGUUGGAUGAUUUAACAUUUACAGCAUAAAGCUCCUGUUUUUCAAAUCACACAUGCUUUCCUGCCUUGAUUAUUGCUCUACUUGCCUUCCAUUUCAAGGCAGGAGAGAUUUCUGAAAUAUUGGGAAUAAUUAAACUGCUACAAGCACAGAUACUAUAAAGCCUCAAUUACUGGGACUGGCUCAAAACGAUAAGAAAUUUACUCUGGAAAUGAAAUUAGUGUUAUUACAUGUACGUGUUAGAUAUUGAAAGGUCAGAUCCCAAAUGCGCACAAAUAAAAUAACUUUCUGAAGUAAAAGAUAUGGUAGGAAAUGCAGAUUAUACCCAAUGAAAAAUAAAGGUGCGAUAGGCACAGAAUAUUUUAUGAACAUCGGAGGCCUAUGGCUUUUCAACCUCCCACCAAGUGUGGGAGACGGUAGGCCUCCCUUCCCCCUUGUAUUUAUUAAUUAUCUACUUAAUAAUAUUGAUCCUAAAUUUAAUAAAUGUUACUUAAGCAUGAUGUACCCUCUGAGAACUCCAAGCCACCACUAGCAACAACCUUACUGAUCAAGUUAUCAUCAGUUGGAUAAGUACACAUUACAAUGUGACAUGUAACAUCAACCCAAUUAGGUUAAAACAAUUCUAAGUGUUGUACUCAUAUUUUACAAUUUAUGCUCACCUCUCUAAUUUUCUACAUUGUAUAAUUAUAAGGGUAAUGCAUGCAAUUAUCAUAUCAAUCAUUGUAUGUUUGCUGAUGAAUAAAUACAAAUUUUAUUAAAUAUGAAUGAUUUAUGUAAAUCUAACAGGUGAUUAUAUUAAUAUGUUGAUGAAAACUACUUGUUACUCAUUGAAAUGUGGCCUAUAGGUGUGGCUUGAGGAUGCCAUAGUAACUUCCAUGUUAGUACAAACCACCAAGGAUUGAGUGAUUAAAUUUCCAUAACUUUAAAAUCUGUGGUAUGCAGAGUUUUAACAAGUUAUUUAAUAGGAAACAGAUUCAUUUAGAUUUAGUGUUUUAAUUUGUGCAGUUGUGCCAGAUGUGUCAUGUGACCAAAUGUUGAAGAUACUGUGGCAGUAUGAUAUGGGAGGGAUUUCAAAUGGGUUUCCAUUGUUGUGACAAAGCCCCCCUAGGACAAUGAUUGACUUUCCCCAGUUUGUAACCACAACAAUUGACUUACUACCAGGUAAAAUGUUAGGUGAACAGCACCAUCAGGUGCAAGUAAAUGUGCCCAAAUGUCAUGUCCUAGGUGGGAUUUGAAUCCCAUACCAAUUGAUUGUGAGUAGACUGCACUGGCCAUUGCUCUACAGGUCACUGCCUCAGACGGGGUUACUCCACUGUAUUAGUAUGUGGCGUAUAGAGUUCACAGCCUUGUGAGCUAAGCUAACAGGGAGUUAGGAGUCUGCAUUAGUAACAUAACAUUCCUAAGACAUCAUCAUUGGCUGUAUUAUCUGGCACCACAGCAUCUCCAUCAUUGAUGCCUCACACCAGAGAUAAAUAAAUCCUCAUUUUGUCAAGGUACCAUUAAUUCGGAAAUUAUAUCUACGAAUAUAAUGAUACAAAUGGAGAUAUUACAAGAGUCCAUAAGGUAACAUGUUAAGUAUUUACUUCUGGUCUCCAAGUAGUAUAAGUGGAUGCAUCAGUCUACUCAUAUGUUCAAUGAUGGUCUACUGUAUAUACAUUUAUAUUAGGAGUGGCAGCAUGAACUUUUCAUAGUGCUCGUGAGAAUGAGUAAAGCUGAUACAUCUUGAGAGAUUCGCUCAUCGGCAUGAUUGGGGAAAAUGCUAUUAAACAGUCAUAUGAGAACAGAUUGUUAAUUGUAGCAUGGAUAACAAAAUGUACCACGCAGAGCAGCAGGUUUUGGAUGUAGGAUACCUCAUAAGAAAUAAUGCAUAACAGGAUAUUUUGGUAUGUACAAACUUAGCUCACAUCUGCAUAAUCAUGCAUGAUGAGUUUCUCAGAAUAUUUGCCUCAAGCAUGUGUGUUAUUGGCAGCAUAUUUUUAUUACCCUAAAGUAUAUAUUAUUGUACAUUGCACAUAAAUUUAAGGAAAUUUA